UUACCCAACAGGACAGUGAACUGCUUCCGGUCUGACACUCGUCUUAUUUGCAUUAAACAGAAGUCAGUCGGAAAAGAUUAUCUAGCCUGCUGAAUGCUACAACGUCUGUAGAUGUUGGGAAAUACGACAAAUGAGCGCCUAUGAAAGACAUACAUCGAGUGGGUAUUAGAGCUGAACGCCCCUCUACAGCCAUGGCAAUCCUGUUUGCUGUGGUGGCUCGAGGAACUACCAUCCUGGCCAAGCAUGCAUGGUGCAGCGGGAAUUUUCUGGAAGUGACCGAACAGAUCUUGGCCAAAAUACCGUCUGAGAACAACAAACUAACUUACAGCCACGGCAGCUAUCUCUUCCAUUAUAUCUGCCACGACAGGAUCAUAUACCUCUGUAUCACUGAUGAUGACUUUGAGAGGUCCCGAGCCUUCAGCUUCCUGGGUGAAGUCAAGAAGCGUUUCCAGACGACCUAUGGUUCCAGAGCACAAACCGCUCUGCCUUACGCCAUGAACAGUGAGUUCUCCUCAGCGCUGGCAGCUCAGAUGAAACACCACUCAGACCCCAGAGGAUCAGACCGUCUUUCAGAAAGUCAGAUUCAAGUGGAUGACCUCAAAGGCAUCAUGGUCCGCAACAUAGAUUUGGUGGCUCAGAGGGGGGAGAAGCUGGAGCUGCUGAUUGAUAAGACAGAAAACCUGGUGGAUUCUUCGGUGACAUUUAAGACCACGAGUCGUAAUCUCGCACGGGCCAUGUGUAUGAAGAACCUCAAGCUGACCUUGGUAAUUGUGCUGGUGUGCCUGGUUGUCAUUUACGCCAUCGUGUCUGCUGCCUGUGGCGGCCUCAGCUGGCCAAGUUGUGUUCACUGAGAGAAGCAACGAGAACUAAAAAUGAGGGAACUGGGGGUGAACGGGACGAGGGUCUGUUCAACUCUGUCUGCCAAUGGACACAUAAGGAAACACAGCGUUCUUUGCUUUAACCCCUGCAGCAUCGACACCCCCGCACCAGAAGACAUGUGCUGCUGUUGCUCUCUCUCUCUCUCUCUUUGUCUCUCUCUCGUCCUCUGCUUGUCAGUGUGCACAUUAACUUGCCUGUUGGAGAGGAAGUCAAACCACAUAUUCACACUAAUGAACAGCAGCUCUGUGGCCAAAAAUCAAUGUCAAACUCUUUCAUUUUUGGAGUCCGUCGCUCGUACGCGGAGUUGUGUCAAACAUCAGUUCGUGUUACUUUUCUCGUAAGUGUGUAUUUGAAUGCGUUAAUGCGUUCAGACUGAUGUCAGAGUGAUCAGCAAUGAUUAAUGGACCUGCAAAUUAAAGUAGCAUCUGAUUCUGUCGUCCGCCGAGGAUCCUAGUAACGUGGCAUCAACACCUUUUUUGUGAAAACGAUGAAUGCAGUGUGUGUAUUUCCUAUUUUACUUUUUACCGUGAAAGCACAGCUGUUUCUACUAAAUGUAAGUAGAAAAUUAAGCAGGAUUAUAAAAUCAUCCAUUCGACUUAUAGUAUUUACAUCCUCGUUGAUUUGAUUUGAACUGUUUCUUGACAGCUCAGUUACCUCGGCUAGCCUUCCCAUACGCCAUUUCUGUUAACACAGUGCACUUUUACAUUGUACAUAAUUUGUUUCCCAGUUUAUAAUCAUGUAAUUAUUUAAUUAUUGUACAUUCAGAUUUGAAAUAAUAAACCGUAGAUGGUAUUGGUUGGUUGUCCCUGCAGUUUCUUCUCCUUGUGUAAAAUGCCAGGCUGAUGGAGGCAAAUAUGGAAUUAUUCAAAACCACAAUGGAGGCAAAUUGUGUGCAACAUUUAUUUUUGCAAACCAGUAAUUUCACCAACAGCUGUAGUAAUGUACACUGUCUUCCAAAAGACUUAAUAAAAUAUCGACAUUUAA